AAAACAUAUAAAGCUCUUUUUUAUUUUUUAAUUUUUUAAUUUUUUAAAAAAUAUUUAUUUACUUAUUAUAUGUAAGUACACUGUAGCUGUCUUCAGACACUCCAGAAGAGAGCAUCAGAUUUUGUUACGGGUGGUUGUGAGCCAUCAUGUGGUUGCUGGGAUUUGAACUCAGGACCUUUGGAAGAGCAGUCGGCGCUCUUAACCGCUGAGCCAUCUCACCAGCCCAAGCUCUUUUUAAAAAAAUACUAAUAUUCCAUACUGGAGGAAGUGUGACAGGGGCAGGAUUUGAGGUUUCAGAUGCUCAAGCCAGGGUCAGUAGCACUCUCUGUUCCUGUUGCCUGCUGAUCUGGAUGUAGAACUCCCAGCUCCUAUUCCAGAAGCUUGUCUGCCCGGAUGCUGCUGUGCUUCUGGCCAUGAUGAUCGUGGACUAAACUUCUGAAUCAGUAAAAGGAUGCCACGAAGGAAGAAAAAAAUUAAAGAGGCCUCUGAAAGCCAGAACUUGGAGAAGAAGGAUCUGGAAACAAGCAGUUGUGUCAGUAUAAAGAAGAAGCGUAGACUUGAGGACUUACUCAUAGUGAUAUCCGAUAGCGAUGGAGAGGAAACAAAAGAGGAGAAUGGAUUGCAGAAAACGAAGACAAAACAGUCGAACAGAUCAAAGUGUUUGGCUAAAAGAAAAGUUGCACACAUGUCAGAAGAAGAACAAUUUGCUUUGGCUCUCAAGAUGAGUGAGCAGGAAGCUAGGGAGGUGAAUAACCAGGAGGAGAAAGAAGAGGAGCUCUUGCGGAAAGCCAUUGCUGAAAGCCUGAAUAGUUGCUGGUCUUCUGCUGCUUCUGCUACCAGAUCUCGACCUCUGGCUGCUGAACUAUCUUCACAUUCCCAUCAAGAGAACACCAAAGACUCUGGGACCACUGAAGGCGUAUGGCAGCUGGUACCUCCAUCACUGUGUAAAGGCUCACAUGUCAGUCAGGGAAACGAGGCUGAGCAAAGAAAGGAGCCCUGGGACCACAAUGAAAACACUGAAGAGGAGCCGGUCUCUGGCAGCUCAGGAAGCUGGGACCAGUCAAGCCAGCCAGUGUUUGAGAAUGAGAACGUUAAAUGUUUUGACAGAUGUACUGGCCACUUGGCUGAGCACACACAGUGUGGGAAGCCACAGGAAAGUACUGGGAGUGGUUAUGCUUUUUCCAAAGCUGUCCAGGGUAGGGGGGACACGUCUAGGCAAUGCCUUCCUAUCCCAGCAGACACAAAAGGUCUCCAGGACACUGGGGGCACUGUGCACUACUACUGGGGUAUUCCAUUCUGCCCUGCUGGAGUAGAUCCCAAUCAAUACACCAAUGUCAUUCUCUGCCAGUUAGAGGUUUAUCAGAAGAGCCUGAAAAUGGCUCAGAGACAGCUUGUUAAAAAAAGAGGGUUUGGGGAACCAGUGUUACCUAGACCUCCUUUUCUGAUCCAGAAUGAAUGUGGCCAAGAAGAUCAGACUAGUGACAAAAAUGAAGGCAUCUCAGAAGAUAUGGGAGAUGAAGCCAAAGAGGAAAGGCAGGAAUCUAGGGCAUCUGUCUGGCACUCAGAAACCAAGGAUUUUCAAAAAAGUCCAAUUAAAAGCUUGAAACAGAAACUUUUGUUGGAGGAAGAACCAACAACCAGUCGUGGUCAGUCUUCCCAAGGUCUGUUUGUUGAAGAAACCUCUGAAGAAGGUCUGAAGAGUUCUGAAGGAGACAACUCUGUGCCCACCACGCAAAGCAUUGCAGCUUUGACCAGUAAGAGAAGUUUAGUUCUUAUGCCGGAAAGUUCUGCAGAAGAAACCACUGUUUGCCCUGAGACACAGUUAAGUUUCCUUGAACCCCUUGACCUCAAUAGAGAAGACUCUCCAGAUAGCAGAGAGCUCCCCAUUGAAGUAAGGAUGGCAGUGGGCGAUAAGCAGGUUGCUAAUAGGGAAGAUUGUAUGAAGGAAAACCCUCCUCCUGCAGUCUCAUCUAGUACCCGGGUAUCCUGCCCACUGUGUAACCAAGACUUUCCUCCCACAAAGAUUGAACAGCAUGCCAUGUACUGCAAUGGUCUGAUGGAGCAGGAAACAGUGUUGACUCGGAGACGAAGAGAGGCCAAGAACAAGAGUGACGGUCGGACAGCUGCACAGCCGGCUCUGGAUGCCAACAGGAAGGAGAAGUGUUAUCUAUGUAAGUCCCUGGUUCCACUUGGGGAGUAUCAGUGCCAUGUGGAGGCCUGUCUCCAGCUUGCAAAGGUUGACAGAGAAGAUGGGAUUGAAGGGACAAGGAGACCAAGGGUGUGUGCACCUGUGGAGGGGAAACAACAGCAGCGGCUGAAGAAGUCAAAGGACAAAGGCCAUAGUCAAGGCCGACUCCUCAGUCUCUUGGAGCAGUCUGAGCAUAGGACCACAGGUGUAGAGAAAAAACCCAAGUAUUCGGAAGUAAGAACCUUCAGGAUGCCCUCACCAGAGGUGGAAGAGGCUAGCUGCAGCAGAGAGAUGCAGAGUACCCUCUCACAGCUCAACUUAAAUGAGUCUCCCAUCAAGUCUUUUGUUCCUGUUUCAGAAGCUACAAAUUGCUUAGUGGACUUUAAAGAACAGUUUGCUUUCCGGUCACGAACUAAAUCAGGCAGAGGAAGGAGGAGAAAAUCUUGAAUUUCUUGAGACUGGAAGUUGACCAGAACACACAUCGUUGGGUUGAUCGUGUUCAUUAAGUAUAGUGGUCUCUAGUUUGUUGUGAGAGUUCUGACCCUGUUGUUAUCACCACCAGCACCCAUUCAGUAUCCUGGCUUUAUAUUUUAUAAGAUCAGUUCAGACAACUGUGAAUAUUAUUCUGUUUGAAUUUGCUUAUAGUUAAAAUUUAAAUAUAUUUAUCUUUGUAUGAAAUCUUAUUUCAAUAGAUGGAAGUGUUUUUUUUUUCAUUUCUGUUUUAAGCUUUGGGGUAGGGAUAUUUCAGUUGAAGAGGCAGUUUCACUCAUAAGCUAUGUGUUCCUGAAUGAAUUUCAUUGCUAAUCUUUGACACACUACUCAAAUUCAUUUAAAUUACACUGCACAAUUCUGAACAUUGACUGAACCUGACAUCACUUUGGCUGUGCCAAAUGUAUUUAAUCCCAAUACUAACUGUUAUCCCUUUCAUUCAGUGACCUGCUCACCCAGUUAAGACUUCUCAGCUAAGACCUGUGGCUAUAUAGAAGGAGGAGUGCCGUUCUUCCCCUGGAAUUUUUAAGUGAACACUGUUGUAUUAGUGUCUAUGCAUUUUUUUCUUCAAAAUAGAUUUACCAGUGGGAGUACCAGG